GGAGUGUCAAAGACUAACUCCACUUUCUUCGUGGAGUCGAACCCAAUUCCUCCGUUUCUCAAUUCUCACUUACUAUUUUUCUGCGUUUGCUGAGCAUCUCUCUGAAACUGUAGGCUCUCUCUCUGGGUUUCAACAGCAAUGGCAGGAGCUUUGGUCGACGUCAAGCCUACGCCGAUCCUGAAGGAGGAGCUUGACAUCGUGAUCCCGACGAUUCGAAACCUGGACUUCUUGGAGAUGUGGAGGCCGUUCUUCGAGCCCUAUCACCUGAUCAUAGUCCAGGACGGUGACCCGUCGAGGACCAUCAAGGUCCCAGAUGGCUUCGACUAUGAGCUCUACAAUCGAAACGACAUCAACCGUAUUCUGGGUCCCAAGGCCUCUUGCAUUUCCUUCAAGGACUCUGCUUGCCGCUGCUUUGGCUACUUGGUCUCUAAGAAGAAGUACAUCUUUACCAUUGACGACGAUUGCUUUGUUGCCAAAGACCCAUCUGGGAAAGAGAUCAAUGCACUCGAACAACAUAUAAAAAACCUGCUAAAUCCGUCAACUCCUCUAUUUUUCAACACUCUUUAUGAUCCAUACAGAGAAGGCGCAGACUUUGUCCGUGGAUAUCCUUUUAGUCUCCGUGAGGGUGUCCCUACCGCUGUUUCUCAUGGCCUCUGGCUCAACAUCCCUGACUAUGAUGCUCCCACCCAGCUUGCCAAACCUCUAGAAAGGAACACCAGGUUUGUUGAUGCAGUUCUGACCAUACCCAAGGGAACUCUAUUUCCUAUGUGUGGUAUGAACUUGGCAUUCAACCGUGAACUGAUUGGACCAGCAAUGUACUUUGGACUCAUGGGUGAUGGUCAGCCAAUUGGAAGAUAUGAUGAUAUGUGGGCUGGCUGGUGUAUGAAGGUUAUAUGCGACCAUUUGGGAUAUGGUGUCAAGACUGGUCUGCCCUACAUAUGGCACAGCAAAGCCAGCAAUCCAUUUGUUAACCUCAAAAAGGAGUACAAUGGUAUAUUCUGGCAAGAAGAGCUGAUCCCCUUCUUCCAAUCUGCGGUCCUUACAAAAGAAUGCACCACUGUUCAGCAGUGCUACAUCGAACUCUCUAAGCUAGUCAAGGCUAAGCUUGGCAAGAUUGACCCAUACUUCCUUAAGCUGGCAGAUGCCAUGGUUACUUGGGUAGAAGCUUGGGAUGAACUUAACGGAAAAGUAGAUGUUGAUCAACAGUAAUUUGCCUUAGAUGGCUUCAGAUUUGCUAGUUGUUUAGUGUUUUGAUUGAUUAUCAUUAUUAUAAUAUCAUUUACAAAUUUUGAUAUUUCCCUUGGGAUGAAGAAGGGUGAGAGGGCAGAUUUGCGUAUUGAUUGAGAUGGUUGUGGUGUUACCUA